GGGGGAAACGGAGCGGUUGUUAUGUUUUGGCUGCUGUGAGAAGAGAUGGGAGUUCAUGGACUCUGGAAGCUCCUGGAAAGCACCGGAAAACCCAUCAAUCCAGAAACACUGGAGGGGAAGAUCUUAGCUGUCGACAUCAGCAUCUGGCUGAACCAGGCAGUUAAAGGUGUUCGAGAUCGAGAUGGGAACGCAGUGCAGAACGCUCACCUGCUCACGCUCUUCCACCGCCUCUGUAAACUGCUGUUCUUCCGCAUCAGACCCGUGUUUGUGUACGAUGGAGACGCGCCGCUGCUCAAGAAGCAGACGCUGGCCGUACGCAGACAGCGGAGAGAGGAGACGACCCGAGAGUCCAGGCAGACCAAUGAGAAGCUCCUGCAGACGUUUCUGAAGAGGCAGGCCAUCAGAGCGGCUCUCGGGGAGAACAGUCAGGAGUCAGCGCUCAGCCUGUCAUCAGUGCGGAGAGAUGAACACGACGAUAUUUAUGUUCUACCUGCUCUUCCUCCUGAAGACGACAGACAGGAGAGCAGUUCAGAAGAGGAGAAAGAUGGAGACGAGGCUCUGCACAACUACAGCAGAUACCAGGAGGAGCUGUGUGAUAAUCCUGACGCUGUGGAUAUAAACUCAGAGCAGUUCUCCCUCAUGCCGCCUGAGAUUAAACAUGAAAUCCUGAAAGAGAUGAAGGAGUUCAGCAAGAGACGCCGCACACUCUUACACAAACCUCCAGAGCGGUCGGGUGAGUUCUCCCAGUAUCAGCUGGCUGGUCUCCUGCAGAGGAACAGACUGAACCAGCGGCUGGAGUGUGUGGAGCAGGAGAUGAACCAGCGCAGCUCUGGAGGACACGCAGACCAGCAGAACGCAGAGAUCCGCCGGCUGGUGUCUGAGGAGUCCUCACACUACAUACUCAUCAAAGGGGGUCAGAAGAAGGUCAGUACUGCGGUCACUCCAGCGGCUCCAGCUCUGUGGUCCAGCUCUCCAUGGGAGCCUAAAGGAAGGAAUAAAGGAAAACCUGAGCCGUUAUGGAGACCUGUAUCUGAAGAAGAAGAAAAUAAACCUUCAUCAUCUUCAUCCUCCAGUCCAGUGCAUCACUCAGCAGGAGCUCCAGCAUCUCCUCGAACCCUGCAGGCCAUCCAAAGCGCCAUGAUGGAGUCUGAGGAUGAAGAACAGCAGAUCCAGGACAGCAGAACCAGGACACACAUCAUCACCAGCAGCUCAGAGGAUGAAGAACAGCAGAUCCAGGACAGCAGAACCAGGACACACAUCAUCACCAGCAGCUCAGAGGAUGAAGAACAGCAGAUCCAGCACAGCAGAACCAGGACACACAUCAUCACCAGCAGCUCUGAGGACGAGACGGAGAUCGGGAGAACAUCAGAUCCUGCAUCUAAAACCACACACUUACAGCUGGAGGCCAGAACGCCGCUCAGUCUCGUUUCUGCAGCAUCUGGGAGUCUAGAGCAGACACACACACUGCAGCAGGAUGAGGAGUCUUCAGAGGACGAGUCCAAAAGUUCUGUUAUUCUCAGUUGUGUGAGAUCUGAAAGCCAGAGAAAAACACGUGAGGAAGAAGAAAAAGAGGAAGAGUCCACAGUAAAUCAGAUUCUGCAGUUCAGAGAGACGAGAGUUUCAUCUGAGAAAGAGGAGAGAGAAGAUCAGAUGGAGGAAAACAGAGAAGAAGAGGAGGAGAGCAGCGCCGACGAGAGUUUUAUUGAGGUGUCUGAUGCAGAGGAACCAGACCAAACAGAUGAAUCACACAUCAACACACACCAAACUGACCAUAAAACAGAAGAGAAAGAAGAGGAGGAAGAAGAGGAGGAAGAAGAGGAGGAAGAAGAGGAGGAGGAGGAGGAAGAGUCCAGCGCACAGAGCACAGAUCAAACUGAAGAUGUUGAUGAGUCUGUAAAUGAAGCUCCGGCUGUCAGUGAGUGGGAGCACAUCGACACGGAGGAGCUGCAGCUGUUGGACAGAGAGCUGCAGAAUGAGCAGCAGACUCUCAGAGAGCAGCAUCAGCAGCAGCAGCGCAGCAGCUCAACCGUCACCGGGCAGAUGUGUCAGGAGAGUCAGGAGCUGCUGCGUUUGUUCGGUGUGCCGUUUAUUAUAGCGCCGAUGGAGGCUGAAGCUCAGUGCGCCGCUCUGGACAGACUGGACCAAACACACGGCACCAUCACAGACGACAGCGAUAUCUGGCUGUUCGGCGGACGCCACGUCUACAGGAACUUCUUCAACCAGAACAAAUACGUGGAGCAUUAUCAGAUUGUGGACAUGCAGAACCAGCUGGGCCUUGACAGAAGUAAACUCAUCAAUCUGGCGUAUCUGCUGGGGAGUGAUUACACUGAGGGCGUUCCCGGAGUGGGAUACGUCACUGGGAUGGAGAUCCUCAAUGAGUUUCCUGGAGCCGGUCUGGAGCCGCUCGUACAGCUCAGUGAAUGGUGGACUGAAGCGCAGGAGAAUAAGAAACUCUCCGUCAAUCCCAAAGACACAAAAGUGAAGAAGAAACUGAGGAACCUGCAGAUUCAUCCUGGCUUCCCAAACCCAGCCGUGGCUCAGGCGUACCUGCAGCCCUCCGUCGACCAAUCAGACGCCUCCUUCAGCUGGGGCCGCCCACACCUGGAGCUCAUCAAAGAGUUCUGCCAGAGCCGCUUCGGGUGGAGCAGUCGGAAGACGGAGGAGACGCUGCAGCCGGUGCUCAAACAGCUCCACUCACAACAGACGCAGCUGCGCAUCGAUUCCUUCUUCCGGCUAGAGCAGCAGGAGCGUCAGCAAAUCCGCAGCGAGCGUCUGCGCAGAGCCGUCAUCUGUAUGAAGAGGAAGGAGAGAGAAGAGGAAGAGGAGGAGGAGGAGUCAGUGUCUCCACUGAAACAGGGGCGGAGCGAAGCUGACGAGGCCCCGGGGCCGCUAGCAGGAGGAUUCAUCAGCUCAGACCCUCACACCAGCACACAGGAGGGCGGAGCCAAGCAGAUCAGGGCGGAGUCAAGCAGCUCUAGCUCAGAAGAGGAGGUGGAGUCAGGGAGGGGUGUCUCUAUGGUUACCGCUCGAUCUGUGUUUGAGGGAAAAACAAGAGGAAGAGGGAAAAAACUGUUAAGAGGAAGAGGAAGAAGCAAAAACAGAUGAUGAUGAUGAUGAGCAACUCUUCUGCUUUCUACAGUAGAUUUUCAUCAGUUAAGAGAUGCUAAAAUCAUGGAAAAUAAAGUAUCUGCCAGUCAGCCUAGAACAUUAUUAUAGUUUGUCAUAUCUGUUUGAUUAUUGCUGUUUUUUUGUCUUUUUUUACCAUCUUUAAAUGAAUUUGAGAAAAAAAAAA